UGAAUUGACCAAAGUAGAAGUAGCGAAACGUCACAAAAGCGGCAAAUUCGACGCAGUCCGACAAGAACGACAGGGGAAAGCGGAUAAGUACGUUAUGAUGAAUGGCAAAAUCGCCGAGGCAGUGGUGCUCAACUGCCGGACGUGCACGCGUGCCUGCAAGCUGCACAAGCCGCUGCAGGAGGAGAUCGAUCUUGGUUCGGAGGGCAGCACCACACUGGCCAGCAUGCUGAACUACUGCGCGGGACUCUCGUUCGAGCCGCAAGACGGCGCCGCCAUGCCGCAGCACAUCUGCCUCCACUGCCUGCAGCUGCUGGAGCAGGCGUUCAACUUCAAGCGCAUGGUCAUCGAAUCGGACGACCUGCUCCGCCAGGCCCUGGACGAGGCGGUCGGCACCAGCUUCUACCAGAGUCAGAUUCAUAGCCCCAACCAGAGCCAGCAGCACGACCAGCAACUGCAGGCGUUCGACUCCGAGGAGUACCUCAUGAUCGAGAUGCUCAACGAGGAGCAGGAGAACAUCGCCAAUUUGGAAGAACUAGCAGAGGAGGAACGUCGCAUGCAGGCGAUCGCCAUGGAGGAGGAGGAGGAGGAGUUCCUCAACGAGGCGCUGGAUCAGGAUGACGAGCUGUCGGAGGAGGAGCACCAUCUAUCUGAGUCGGGCGACCAGCAGGAGGAGCACAUCACUAUGGAGAGCGUGCAUGAGUUUCAGCCCGCCGAAGUGGAGUAUGUGACCAUCAAGAAUGAGUUCGAAACGAUCGUCACAGAGGAGGAUGAGUUCGAGGAUAUGAACGGCGCCCACGACGCCAUACUGGACUGUCAGAUGAUUGUGAUACCCGCCGAAGGAGCCAUAGACGAGGUCAUCGGCGAGGAGACCCUCGAAAUGGAGGAGGAUGGGCGCGAGGAGCACCUGCUGCCCGAGGUGGAGGAUGUCUGCGAAGGUGAGGACUUCCUGGAGGAGUCGCUGGACUCAGCACCGCCGACCGCGGGCGAGGCGCUGCCGUACGUGUGCACCGUGUGCCAGAAGGCGUUCCGCCAGCAGUGCCGUCUCAACCAGCACAUGCGCUCGCACGUGGACGAGAAGCAAUACGAGUGCGAGGAGUGUGGCAAGCGUCUGAAGCACCUGCGCAACUACAAGGAGCACAUGCUGACCCACACAAAUGUCAAGCCGCACCAGUGCAGCAUCUGCGGUCGCUUCUAUCGCACCACCUCCAGUCUGGCGGUGCACAAGAGGACUCAUGCGGAGAAGAAGCCCUACAACUGCGAUCAGUGCGGCCGCGGAUAUGCGGCGUUCGACCAUCUGCGGCGCCACAAGCUCACCCACACGGGCGAGCGACCCUACGCAUGCGAUCAGUGCGACAAGGCCUACUACGAUUCGUCCUCGCUGCGCCAGCACAAGAUAAGCCACACCGGCAAGAAGGCCUACACCUGCGAGAUCUGCGGCGUGGGCUUGUCCCAGAAGUCGGGCUACAAGAAGCACAUGCUGGUCCACAGCGGCGUCAAGGCGUUCAAGUGUGAAGUCUGCGGGCAUGCCUUCACCUUCUCCAGCAACCUCAAUGCCCACGCUCGCCUCCAUUCCGGCGAAAAGCCGUUCAAGUGCGAAUUCUGCGUGAAGGCCUUUCCCACAAAGAAGCGCCUGGUCAGCCAUUUGCGCGUCCACAACAAGGAGUCGCCGGUGACGGCCACCGCCGCUAUUCAGUCCAUCAAUCCUCAGGGCCGACAGGCGGGCGCAGAAGGUGCCGGUGGAUCGGCAACCAACCUCCACAUCACCGAAGUACCUGAGCAGCCAGUGUCCACCUCCAAAGUGGUGAUGGUGCUCUAAGCGGGCACCAAGCCGUGGGAGCGGCUCUAGAAUGUAAGCCUAGGCUAACGAUAAGACACUAAGAUCCAGAAAACUGAUUUAAAAACAAUAAAGAAAACUCGACACUUUUUUUUUACAUA